AAUCUCUCCACUUUCUUGCCGCCACUGACGGUCUGCUACCACUCCCAAAGAGUCUCCUUUUAUCCAAAAUUUGCAGAUAGAAUCAUCUCCAUCUCAAAUUCUGCCAAGUAAAAUCUUCACCUCAUCCAUCAGAACUUAGCAAAAAGGUUGUUCCUUUACUUCCCAUGUAGCCUGCCACAUCCUGGAUUUUGAGUUGACCUUCAUCUGAUCCCAGUUCUCGAAACUUUUACUAUGCAAUUACCCACAACGCUCGAAUACCCACUUCCGUCGACGUCUCCAAGGUCCCUCCUUUUCAUUCCCAAGGCCCAGAAUUUUCGGACACUACCGAAUUUUCCUCCAAGAAACAGGUUUUGCACCUCGAAAAUGGCUUCUUUUCCUGGGUUUUCGGUGAGGUGCUGCGCGACCGGCGGUGCAACAGAGGGCCAGAGUGAGUACCGCACGUUGGUAGAGUUCUUGGGUAAGGAGGGGAUUGGCGUGGGAGAUGAUCUGGUGCUGCUGUUUGAUCACUUGCAGUAUGCUUGCAAGAGGAUUGCUUCUCUUGUGGCUUCUCCGUUCAAUUCCAGCUUAGGAAAGCAAGCAAGUCUUGUUGGUGGGGUGGGUGGUGAAUCAGGCAGAGAUGCCCCGAAGCCUCUGGACAUUGUCUCUAAUGAAAUUAUCUUGUCGUCUCUAAGGAAUUCUGGAAAAGUUGCUGUCAUGGCUUCAGAAGAAGAUGAUGCUCCAGUUUGGAUAGUUGAUGGUGGCCCAUUUGUUGUGGUAACAGAUCCCUUAGAUGGUUCUAGGAACAUCGAUGCAUCCAUUCCCACAGGAACAAUUUUCGGCAUAUAUAAUCGGCUUGUGGAACUUGAUCAUUUACCUAAAGAUGAGAAGGCUCAGCUGAACUCACUGCAGAGUGGAACCAGGCUUGUAGCUUCUGCUUAUGUUCUCUAUUCUUCAGCCACAAUUCUUUGUGCUACCUUUGGUUCCGGAACACAUGCUUUUACUCUGGAUCAAUCUACAGGAGACUUCAUUCUAACUCAUCCAAACAUCAAAAUUCCUCCUAGAGGGCAAAUUUAUUCUGUAAAUGAUGCAAGAUAUUUUGAUUGGCCGGAUGGUUUAAGACGGUAUAUUGACACUGUUCGGCAAGGGAAAGGAAGAUACCCCAAGAAAUAUUCAGCACGUUAUAUAUGCUCUCUGGUGGCCGAUUUUCAUCGCACUCUGCUGUAUGGUGGCGUGGCAAUGAAUCCUAGAGAUCAUCUCCGUCUAGUUUAUGAGGCAAAUCCUUUAAGCUUUCUUGUGGAGCAGGCGGGUGGCAAGGGCUCUGAUGGCAAAAGUAGGAUUCUUUCUAUUCAACCUGUGAAGCUGCAUCAAAGGUUGCCACUGUUUUUGGGCAGUCCAGAGGACAUUGAAGAAUUGGAGAGCUAUGAAAAUGUUCAGCAAAAAGUAAAUCCUGGAUAUGAAGUUUAGGUCCCCAGUCGCAAUGAAAUCUGUAUUGGUCUGAUGAGUUUUGUUGCUGGGUCCUCUCCCUUUUACAGUUUUGGUAAAUGUCAAGUCAUUCAAAAUGUACUUUACUAAUUUGGGAUCAUAUGUAAAAUCAGCAAUUAGAUGAGAUGUGAUCAAGGAUUGGCAUUUUGCUUUGUCUAA